CGCUGAAAUACUUGUUUGGGGAUAAAUAACUGAAAACAUACUACAGUCAAUUGGAAACUUUAUCUAUCGGCAAUGACUUAUAAUUAUACUGAGAAAGAAUUGAAGACUUAUUACGAUGUGGCACUUGAGCAGGUUAACAAAUGUGGGCAAAUAUUUAUGGAGGGCUAUAGAAAAAGCAAACUGGAUGCUAAAGUAAAAGAUGCCUAUUGGGACUUUGUAACGGUCUACGAUGUACAAAUCGAGCAAACAUUAUGCCAGAGUCUUAAGGCAGCAUUCCCCGAGUCAAUAUUCAUAGGCGAGGAAGAAACGUCUUCUACAAAGAAUAAGAUGAAGCUAACGGAUGCACCUACAUGGAUUUUAGAUCCUAUUGACGGAACCACUAAUUUCAUGCAUAAGUUGCCUUUCAGCGCCAUUUCGUUAGCUUUAACUAUAAACAAGCAACUGGUUAUGGGCGUUGUCUACAACCCGGCGGCAAAUGAAUUGUACUCCGCCUGGAAAGCUAAUGGAGCUUAUUUAAAUGGUCAGCGCAUACAUGUAUCGGGAGCUCGUAAAGUUUGUAAUACCAAAUAAUAUUAAAUUAUGUAUUGUUGAA